CGUUAAUGAUUAAAUUUCAAAAUCAACCAGUCGAUUAUGGUGCUAAUGGAUAUCCUUAACCUAAAUAUCAAUAGAUGCCUCCUAAAUAACAAAAAUAAAUGCCUAAUUAAGGUUGCUUCCAAGAAACCUUUGGAUAAUAAUAAUAUUAUGGAAGAUAAAUGAUUCCACAAUAAUAAGACUCAAAAAACUAUCAACAACCUUAAUAGCAUUCACAAUAACAAGCACAAAAUUAUUAAAACUAUCCUUAAAAAUAAUAAUAAUAUCAGAAUAUGUAAUAAUAAUAAUAUUAACAGUCAUAAUAAUAACCUCAGUAAAAAGCAGACCCUAGAUAUUAGAAUGUUCAAUUCACAGCUAAAGAAUUUAAUCAAUUAUUCUACAAGUAAUAGUAGCAACAAUAACAAUAAUAAUAACAAUAAUAAUAAUAACAAUAAUAAUAAUAAUCAUAAUAAUAAUAAUAAUAAUAACACUAAUAAUAAUAAACAAAUUAGCAAAAGGGAACUGAAAAUUAAGAAGAAAACAAAUAUCCUUAAACAUAAAAAGUAGUAGGAAAUGAAAGAUAGAUUUCUACUUACUCAUAAAACCAAUAAUAAUUACUCUAAUAAAAAUAAGCUGGUGUUCCUGGAAGAAUGCAAUCUGCAGAUCCUGUUUUUGCCUAAAAUAGAAAUGGAGCUCCAUUAACUAAUAUUUAGUAAUGAAUAAAAAUAAUUUCUUAGAAAUUAGCAAGCUACAAAAACAAGUUAAUAUAUUAGUAAUGGUGGUAUUAAUAAAACUUAGAAUGAUUAUUCUUAGAGAUAGGCUACACCAAUGAAAGAUUAAAUGAAAUUCAUGAGUAAAAAAUUUAUAAACCUUUAGACUAAAAACAGGUUCCAGAAUAAAUAAACCAGCAAUUAAUGUAUUCUCCUAUGCCAAAAAGCUAAUUACUUAAUGAAACAACAAACUUAGCCAAAUUAUAAUAACAAUAAUUACAAUAAAAUAAGUCUCCUUAAAUUUAGAAAGUUGGAGGUUCAGGGAUGGGUCCAGCAAUUUCUUAACCUACAAAUGCUUAAUAAAUUGUUGAAGAAUUAGCUAAGGAAAAAGAAAGACAUUCAUUAUUAACUGCCAAAUUAAAAAAGUUAGAACAAGAAAAAAAAACCUAUAACACAUAAUUUUUAAAUGAAAUGGAAAGCAAAAUUAAAACCUUAAUUUAAUAAAAUGAUUAAUUACAAAAUUUGAAUAUGGAGUAUUUAUUUUAUUUAUUCUUAGAUUAUUAUAAAAGGCUUAGGAUUAACCUUAAGGAGAAAUCCAAGAGCUUAACAAAUAAAUUUCAUAUAAUAGUCAACAAUUAGAUUUCUUGCAAAAAUAAAUAAAUGAGGCUUAAAAGUAAUUAUCUGAACAAAUGAAAAAAUACAAAGAAUUGGAAUAAUAAUAUUAGGAAAAAAAUUAAGCUGAAGAAUAACAAAUCUAAUUUUUAGUUACUGAUUUAGAAGAAAAAGUACAUGGUUUGAUUGCUGAAAAUGAAAGAUUAAAUGCCUUAAUCGCUUAAUAAGAUAGUAAUCCAAAAAAAGAAUAAUUAUAAUAAUUGACAAAUGAAAAAAACAAACUCAUUUCGAUGGUAUUUUUAAUUCAUAUAAUAAUAAUAGACUUAAUAAAGUCAAAAAGAAGUCUAAAAUUGGAAAACCAAAUAUGAAUAGUUAUAAUAAAAGCUUCAAUAAGCAGAUAAAUUCUAAGAACCUUAAGGAGAAUAGGUCGAAGCUCUUGAAGAGAAGAUUAAGUCAUUGAUUGAAGAAAAUGAUUACUUAAAUACAGUCGUUCAAUAAUAAAUUGAAAGAGAAAAUCAAAUUGCAUUAUUAGAAGAAGAGUAAGCUAUAGUCAUAAUUUUUAGAAUGCAAAAUCUAGUUGAAUAAAAUGACAAUCUUGAAAUGUUACUUCAGAAUAGCACUAAAAAAUGA